GAACGUCAAAAUAUCAGAAAACCUUGACACCUACUACUUUGGACAGGUCAUGGCCGGGUACCCGCAGAUCGUCGCCAUGUGUGACCGGCUCUUGCCCGAAGACGUGCAACGGGAGAGCAGCGGCGUCGGGGGGGCGGCCGCCGGCCCUACCGGCGCCAAGAGAGCCGCUGCUGACGCGAAGAGGAGAGAGGACUACAAACCCAGAGCGAGGGAGGACAACGCCCACCUCAAGCCCAAGAAAAACGUGUCAAAGAACGCCGGCAGCGUGCAAGAGACCGCCGCGGUUGCCAUGCACUCAAUGACGUCAGGACUUGGACUGCCCCCCGGCGGAUUAAGCGAGCUAUUUCGGCCAGCGUCCGAACCCGCCCCCGCCGCAGCACCUUCCUCGCGGGACAUCUUAGAUGCAAAGACCGCAAAAUUGGCGUUUUCGACACCUUGUUCAAGUCUUUCCAAGCCGCCACGGAAAAUCUCAAAGAAGCCAAAACAGAGGCGGCAGGCGGCGACAGCACGGCGCUGGAAAUGGUAGGUUUUCUGGAAAAAUAUAUAGCGAAGAUUAGAACCGAGAUGGCUGGAUGGGACAAGAGUCCCCUUUGAGGGACAGCCCGCGGUCCCUACCCGAUUCCACAUGUGCUAGAGCGAUCGAUUGUGUUAGUGGCGGUUGGUGUAGGAUCGUUGGUGUGUGGGCGGGGGAGGGAGAGGGCAGAUCGCUUUCACGUGCCGUACCGUUUGUCUUGUGUCGGGUGGGUGUUUGACGAGUGCACCACGUGUAGAACACGCAUGGAGAAAGCGUAGCGCAUGCUUGUUGUACGAUGUUUUUUUUUAGCCGCGUACAGCAUACCCACUUGUCUUUUAUUUUUUGUGGUGUUUUUUUACAGAUGAGUAGGGGGGGGGAACACGCAGAGAGACCGUGUGGCGCACGACCAAAGUUAUUU